AUGGUGACAGGGGACAGGGGCUUUCACGCAAACUCGGUGUUGAAAGUCACUCUCUGUCCACAAUUCUUCGGAGAAGCAGCUGUCCCUUGUCACCAGGACCAAAGCCCCCGCCCGGCAACACGCCCCGGGUCCCACCCCCGCCCCCGCCCAGGUUCUUUAGGGUCCCCGGCAGACGCACCAGCGGGUGACUCUGCAGGGACCGCGCUCCCGGGCCCGGCCGCUCUGGGGAUGGAGAGGACGGAGAAGCGGGCUCGGAGCUCCUCCAGGGGGGCCGAUGGGCGAGGCGGCGGGUCCCCCCACAAGGAGAACAAGCGGGCGAAGGCCGAGCGGGGCGGUGGAGGCCGCGGGCGCCGGGACGCCGGGCGCGAGCGGCGGGACCUCGGGCGGGCGGGGAGCCCCGCGGAGCCCCGAGCGGCGGCGGCGGCGGUCACCGUGGUGGACGUGGAUGAGGUCCGGGGCUCCUGCGAGGAGGGCACCGAGGUGGUGGCGCUGCUGGAGAGCGAGCGGCCCGAGGAAGGUACCAAGUCUUCUGGUUUGGGGGUCUGUGAGUGGCUCCUUGUCCUCACAUCCCUGCUCUUCAUCAUCGUGACCUUCCCUUUUUCUAUCUGGUUCUGCAUAAAGGUUGCACAGGAAUAUGAGAGAGUAAUUAUACUCCGACUAGGACAUCUGCUUCCUGGAAGGGCCAAAGGCCCUGGCCUUUUCUUCUUCCUGCCCUGCCUGGAUACCUACCACAAGGUCGACCUUCGUCUCCAGACCUUGGAGAUACCCUUUCACGAGGUUGUGACCAAAGACAUGUUCAUAAUGGAGAUCGAUGCCAUCUGCUACUACCGAAUAGAAAAUGCCUCUCUUCUGCUGAGCAGCCUCGCUCAGGUGUCCAAGGCUGUUCAGUUCCUGGUGCAAACCACCAUGAAACGUCUGCUAGCGCACCGGUCCCUCACGGAGAUUCUCCUAGAGAGGAAGAGCCUCGCCCAAGAUGUAAAGGUUGCCUUGGAUUCAGUGACCUGUAUUUGGGGACUCAAAGUGGAAAGAACAGAAAUUAAGGACGUGCGGCUGCCGGCCGGGCUCCAGCAAUCCCUGGCGGUGGAAGCUGAAGCGCAGAGACAGGCCCGAGUGCGGAUGAUCGCGGCAGAAGGGGAGAAGGCUGCCUCCGAGUCCCUGAGGAUGGCGGCUGAGAUUCUCUCGGGCACUCCAGCUGCCGUGCAGCUUCGAUACCUCCACACUCUUCAGUCCUUGUCCACAGAGAAGCCGUCCACUGUGGUUUUACCGCUGCCAUUUGACAUGCUAAAUGUCCUGUCUCCUCCCAGCAAUAGAACUCAAGGGAGCAUCCCCUUCCCAAGUCCUUCCAAACCAGUUGAACCAUUGAAUCCUAAAAAGAGAGACUCCCCCAUGUUAUAG